CAGCUUGAUCCUAGCCGUGCCAAGGAGACCAUCCGGUUGACCUUACCGAGCCUGGAUCAGGACCUCAUCUAGUUGAAAUAAGGGACUAAGAGGCAUGUUAGUAGAUGCAGUGUGUGUGUACAUGGUCGACACUGCACAGCCUCCGGACCUUUCAUCUCCAGGCUCACAAGGAAGCAACUCUGGUAAAGGACGGCGCUGUUUCUCAACGGCUACUUUGGAAGGAGUUCGAGUCGGGAAAUGUGAAUCCAUUCUAGACAGCAGUCGGCGAGCAGAGGAACCAGUAUGGCGGCUACAAGGCGGCUACAGAAGGAACUGGCAGAUAUCCGAAAGUCUGGAAUAAAAUCCUUCAGGGAUAUACAAGUGGAUGAGAGCAAUAUUUUAACAUGGCAAGGACUCAUUGUUCCAGAAAAUCCUCCAUACAAUAAAGGUGCAUUUAAGAUUGAGGUGAAUUUCCCAGCAGAAUAUCCCUUUAAGCCUCCGAAGAUAAACUUCAAGACCAAGAUCUACCACCCAAAUGUUGAUGAGAAGGGCCAGGUGUGUCUCCCCAUCAUUAGUGCUGAAAAUUGGAAACCUGCCACUAAAACAGACCAGGUGAUCGAGGCAUUGAUCAACCUUGUAAAUGAACCGGAACCUGAGCACCCUCUCCGUGCGGACUUGGCAGAGGACUACACAAAGGACCGCAAAAAGUUUAUGAAGAAUGCAGAAGAGUUCACCAAGAAGAAUUCAGAAAAGAGGCCCGCAGACUAACCGGGCUGUUUAAUGUGUAGUCUGUGAUUUGCAGAGGCACUUUUCAGGCAGACUUUAUUGAGGAAAUGUAUCUCUUAUAGCUUAUGAUAUAUGACUUUCUUUUUUCCUCUCUCUCUUGAGAACAAAUAAGGACAUGAAAUUAGCAAUUACUAUUGAUUAUUAUUAUUAUUAUUAUUGUUUUAUUUUUAUAUAUAUAUUUUUUUGCUUCCAUGUUUCUCAAAAGGGAGCAUACAUCUUAGUACAUCCCCUUGACAGUGGAGCCCUUAGUAUGUCUCUCAUCAUCAAAUAAAUGCUUGAACCUUGUGUAAAUUACAAUCUAUGCACUCAUGUUAUGAAAGAAGUAUUAUGAUGAAAGUGUAAAUUUAAGGAACAUUCCAAAGAUUUGAUUUAAAUCCAAAAAUGUGUUUCAUCUUUUUGUUUGUUUUUGUUUUUUGUUUUAGUGCCCAUGUAGUUGUGAUAUUGCUCUAGGACCUGAAAACAAAAAAACAAAAAAUUGUCAAAAGCAAACACUUUCAGACGGCAAACCUUUUGAUUUUAUGUUGUUUACUGGGGAGGUUUCAGUGGAUGAUUUCCAUAGCAUCCAUAAAUUUUUGUGUAAUUGUGUAAAAGAGGUAAAAUAAAAAAUAAAAUGCAGGUAGAUGUGUGUGCUAAGGUGUUUUAGAGAAACCAGGAAAGAGCACCCAGCCCACACAAUAUGUAAACAGUUAGCUAAGCACAGGGAAGAAAGCUGUGGCCUUUUGUGUUAUGAAUAGCAUUUGCUUCUCCUUGAGGACUGAAAUAUAACUUUAUGACGGCACUUGGAAGGAGUUGCUCAGAGCCUAUGGUUUUGUCGAGCCUACAGUGCCGUAGAUGGAUUUUAUCUGAGGUUAUCCAUUUAUUGGAGUAGAGGAUAAUGGAUAUUUUGCUAGUCUGAAUACAAAAUUAUCUCCACAGUUGAUUAUGCUUGCUGAAGUAUUGGAGUAGAAGUAAAUAUUAACAGUAAUGAUAAUGAUAAGUGAUAAUAAGGAUGGUGAUAAUGAUAACGAAUAAAUAAUUCCACUUUCU